AAAGUUGAAGUAAUUUUAACAAUAUUUCUACUGCUGCUGCUUUUUUUUAUACAUUUCAUUACUAUUCUGUAAAAAUUAAGAAGUUUAUUAAAUCAAGACAACUAUAGGUUAAACAAUAAAUGUUAAAUACUUAAUAAAUCCCCUAAAGAAAGGAAUAAUGCUAAGCGAUAAAGCUAUAAAACUUUUGGUAAUUGGUGAGAGUGGUGUUGGGAAGUCCAGUCUUAUACGCCGUUUUGUGGAGAAUAAAUUUGACGAAAAUCACGAUGUUACAAUUGGAAUGGACUUUAAGAGUAAAGUGAUGAAUAUCGAUGGUGUUGACUACAAAUUGGCCCUAUGGGACACAGCUGGAGCAGAAAGAUUUCGCAGUCUAACACCGAGUUUCUAUAGGAAAGCGUUGGGAGCCAUUCUGGUUUAUGACAUCUCAAGCCGCGAAUCGUUGGUGAAAUUAGAGGCAUGGUUUACAGAAUUGGAAAACUAUAGUGAUAAUCCGAAUAUAGCUACAAUUGUUGUUGGCAAUAAGAUCGAUAAUGAACGAGUUAUCAGUCGUGAAGAGGGCUUGAAAUUUGCCCGUAAACAUCGGUCGCUGUUUUUGGAAACUUCAGCAAAACAUGAUAAAUUUGUUGCAGAUGUUUUCAGGGAUAUUGUGGAAAAAAUUGUCUCUUCAGAUCACUAUGAAAGUCUAAAUAAUGGAAAUACGGUGAAUGUUAAUGAAGAUACUGAUGUUACAGAUGCAUCCAGUUGCAGAUGUUGAUCAUUUGAUUAACAACAAUGAAUUCUAAAUAUGAUGGUGUUCAUCAAUUAACAAUGUUUGUCUGCACUGUCGUCUCCGUGUGUGUUGUUUGUGUAUGUAAUAAAGAAAUACUAUUUGUACAUUUAUUUUAUUUUUUAAUUUUAUUUAUAAUUUUCCUAUUUCUUUUUUUCUUAAAUCAUUAAAUCAUGUUUAGUAAAUAUAUAUAUAUUAAAAAAAAAUAUUUGUGUACCAGCAAUUUGUUAAGAUUAAUAAUUAGAAAUAAAUAAAAUCAAAAUGUAGGUUGGGAAACCUAAUCAAAAAAUAAAAACAAA